AUGGCUUGGGAGGAGCGGCAGGACCGCUGGGCGGACGAGGCCAGCUGGCAGCGGCAGGGCCGCUGGGCGGAGGAGGCCGAGCACGAGCCGGCUUGGCAGCGGCAGGGACACGCCUGGAACGACGCCGGCAACUGGGGUGGCUGGCGGGGUUGGGAGGGCGCUUGGCGGCCGGACCGCUGGGAGGAGGCUUGGCGCGAGGAAGACGCUUGGCGGCAGGACCGCCGGCCUCCGCGCUACGGCGCGGCGAACCCU